AUGGCUUCUUUCCCAGUGAUGUUUUUUCUCAUAACUCUGCCAUUGUCAUCUAUUCUCACCGAGGGAAGGGUUCUGCCACAGAAACAAUCCCUCAUACCUGCUGAACACAAAAGAAAUGUAAAAAACUGUUUGGACAAGAUUGACUGCCAAGAUGAAGAAAAUGAUAUAGAAGCCUUGAAGAGGAUGUUCUGUGUGUCCCAUCAAGAUGAAACAUCAAUUGAUGACAUUAUCGAUGCUAACCAAAACAAUUCAUACCUGUCUACAGUUUUGACUGCUGUGAGAAAAUUGUGCACUAACAAUCAUCAAGAGGAUCCAGUAAACUCCCAUAACAUGGCCAAUAAGGCUGCAGGCACCAGAGUUGAUCAACAACAGGAAAAUUUUACUAGUAAAGUCAUCUUAGAGUUGGACGACUUUAUGAGAAGAGUGGCAAAUGUGUUGGUUUCCCAUUAAAUUUAAUCAGGAGCCUCCUGAUAUCCUACCUUCAGUGCCUCUUAUUAGGCUCUUUCAAGUACCGAAUUAUAUUUAAUUAACUUCCAAAACAAAAGAAGAGUGAAAACUCUAAAUAAACACAAUAAACUUAGUAA